AUGACGAUAGGAGUUGUCCAAAAUCCAGAGUCCAACAAGAACGUCGAUUCCAAAGCAAAUGAAUCCGGGCUUGAUCAUGAGUUUGACAUCCCUGAAAAGAAUUCUUUCGGGCAAUCUUUCAGGAACUAUAACGCAAAGAAUGAACGUCAAAAGACAGUUGAAUUAUUUUAUCGAGAUCAACACAUUAAUCAAACUUACGAUUAUGUUAAGAAGAUGAGGGACGAAUAUGGUAAAUUAGAUAAGGCGGAAAUGGGCAUAUGGGAAGCAUGUGAGCUUCUAAACAAUGUAGUGGACGAUAGUGAUCCCGACGUUGUUGAACCUCAAAUUGAGCAUUUGUUACAAUCUGCUGAAGCCAUAAGAAAAGAUUACCCAAAUGAAGAUUGGUUACACUUGACUGCCCUUGUUCAUGAUCUUGGUAAAGUGCUGCUUGACCCUCUAUUUGGAGGACUGCCUCAAUGGUCUGUUGUUGGGGACACUUUCCCACUUGGGUGUGCCUUUGAUGAAUCAAUUGUACAUCACAAGUAUUUCAAGGAAAACCCAGAUUCAAAUAAUCCCAAAUACAAUACCAAAUAUGGGAUUUACUCGGACGGUUGUGGCUUAGACAACGUGAUGAUCUCAUUUGGGCACGACGAUUACAUGUAUUUGGUAGCUAAAGAGAAUGGAACUACCUUACCUGCUGCUGCUUUGUUCGUUAUCCGCUACCAUUCUUUCUAUCCUUUGCAUAAAGAAGGAGCAUACAAGCAUUUGAUGAAUGCACAAGACAUUGAAAACUUGAAUUGGGUUCACAUUUUCAACAAAUAUGACUUAUAUAGCAAGAGCAAUGUCAGAAUUGAUAUUGAAAAGGUCAAACCAUAUUAUCUCGGCCUCAUUGAAAAGUAUUUUCCUGCAAAGCUGAGGUGGUGA